UGUUUUGAAUAUGUUGCUUAUAUUAUGAUUAAGUCGCGUGAGAACUUUUUUUGUUCAUAGUUUGGGAAACAAAUUUGUAAUUUCGUUACUGUCAGUUUGAUACUGAAUUCAGGCAAUCAUUUACUGGACCUUUAAGCACAGAGGCAACAUCACCUAUCGAGCAACCGAAACAGAUCUGAGAAACAUUGAGAAGGGAUUUGUUUUAUCAGAACGCCAUCUUAUCUGGACUGCUGUAUGUCAUUGCCAAACAUUGUGCGCCCACCCAUAAACUUUUGUGCUGCUCGGUGCACUGAGGGGGCUGUCUCCCCCAUUCUGCCCCGGUCCAUAGGAGCGGCAGCACCAACCCUUUCCUGUGCUCCAAACGACGAGGGUUCUUGACACCCUCAGGGACUUGAGACAUUCCGUCAUGGAGACGACACGAACGAGAGAGCACGGUAGGUGCUCUUGCGUUCUCGUCCAGAUUCAAGUCCAACUCACCGUUUUUUUAUUCUGGAUUAUGUUGGCGCACCCGUCUGGCGCCAUCUAUUUGGACUUCCAUUCCAGUGACCACGUAGAGCAGGACACUUCGAACGUGCCUAAGGACGGGCUGGGAGAUGAAACGCUAUCUUGGGCAGUUAAAAUACAGCAUCAGACACACAGAAAAAGUGUGAACAGGACUCAUGUCGAUCUUCUAGCCGAUGAAAUCGCGGAGGAUCUGGGUUUAAAAAGCUACGGGCAGGUCGGCGAGCUGAUGGGACAUUAUCUGUUUGCCGCGGAAAGCUACCAUGAAGCGUUGAAUGGUAGCAUGGAAAGAGACUUGGUCGGGAAGAUUCGUAGUAAAGCGGAGAGCGCCCUCGCGAGGCAUCCGAAGAUUGAGUGGUUCAAUCAACAAACUAUACGAAGGAGAUUCAAGAGGUCGUUAGUAUUUACGGAUCCAUCUUAUUCAAAUCAAUGGCAUUUACACAACUCAAAGAAUAUAGGAAUGGAUAUUAAUGUAACAGGAAUCUGGAAACAUAAUAUAACUGGAGAAGGAGUCACUGUAGCUGUCAUCGAUGAUGGUCUGGAGUGGACAAAUGAGGAUAUAGCUGAAAAUUAUUGCCCCGAAGGCAGCUGGGAUCUGAACUCAAAUGAUGACAACCCCGCUCCCGAGAUGAAGAUCAAAGACGGCAAACAGACGCAGAAUCGCCACGGAACGAGAUGCGCCGGCGAGAUCGCUGCUGUUCGUAACAACGUCUGCGGGGUCGGCGUUGCAUUCAACUCAAAAGUUUCAGGUAUUCGACUACUAGACGGGCCGAUGACUGAUAGCCUAGAAGCCACUGCUUUCAACAAAUUUAUGUACAUUAAUGAUAUCUAUAGCUGCAGUUGGGGUCCAGACGACGAUGGAAAGACGGUUGAUGGUCCACACACCCUGGCCAAGGCGGCUCUCCAACAUGGCGUCACCUACGGGAGGAGAGGGCGGGGCAGUAUAUUUGUGGUUGCUAGCGGCAACGGGGGCAAGAACGGGGACAACUGUAACUACGAUGGCUAUGCAAAUUCAAUGUAUACUGUUACAAUAGGUGCUGUAGAUGAGAAGGGCCAGAUGCCUUUCUACGCUGAGGAAUGCGCGUCUCUCUUUGCCGUCACCUUCAGCAGCGGAUCACGUCCGCAAAGAAACAUCGUCACCACUGAUUGGACACUAGGCCCAGGGACGGGCUGUACCAAUACUCAUACGGGUACAUCAGCUGCUGCCCCGCUAGCUGCAGGGAUGAUAAGCCUAAUGUUAGAAGCUAAACCUUGUCUUUCAUGGAGGGAUGUCCAGCAUAUUAUAGUCUACUCUGCCUCGAAGAUUGAUGAAAAGAAAGGAGAGUGGACCGUCAAUGCCGCCGGUUUCCACCACAGCCACAAACACGGCUUUGGCGUCCUCAAAGCAUGGCGGCUUGUCAACGCUGCCAAGGUCUGGCCCUCCGUUCCCUGGCUGACCUCUGUUGUCUCCCCCACCCUGAAGGUUCAUAGGGUCAUCCCCACCGUCCAGGCAGGUAGCCAGCUAACGGUCCAGUAUGAAGUGACCAAUGCAACGGCCUUAGAAAACGAGCUUUCAACGUUGGAACAUGUCUUGAUUACUGUAUCUCUAUCACACACUAUGAGGGGCAAGCUAAAGAUAGAACUGAUCUGCCCUUCUGGGACCAGGUCUGUUAUUGGGGCUAGGAGAAAGAAAGACAACUCUCGAGACGGUCUUCAUAGCUGGACCUUCUCAACCGUCCGUUGCUGGGGAGAGGAUCCCGUAGGCAUCUGGCAACUUAUUAUUACAGAUUUCAGUACUGUUGGUGGGGGUGUUUUAGAAGAGUGGACGUUGGCGCUCUAUGGGUCUAAUAUGAAACCAGCGGAUGUAGCAGAGAGAAAAAUCAUGGUAGCAGAGUCUUACGGUGGGGAGUUCUUAGAUACCAACCUGACAGAGCCUUGUUCCUUCUACUGGGCUGCACCCAUAGAGGAAGAAUCGUUCCUUUCUAUGAAAACCAUCAAGUUCUUGCUGUUGAUCAGUGCCUUUGCCACUGUGCUGGCCCUCUACUACUCCUUCGAGCAAGCCUUCUGCACGGACGACGAGAAGCGGAAGCACGCCACUGAGAUGCGGCUGGACAAACCUUCGGGAGACCGCUGUGGGGAGGACGAGGAACUCUUGGAAGACCAGAACAUUCCCAUGGAUGACCUGACUUGCGACCUGACCUCGGUCGACCUGCAGGAAGUGACCUCUGAUCCAGGUCAGGGAGCAGAGGAGAGUGAUAUGUACGCGUGUAGAGUUCCUGUGGUGUGUCUUGAGGUCGGUGGAGAUGAUGGGUCAGAGGAUAUAGGGAGGUCAAAGGUCAUAGGGAGGUCAGGGGUCGAUGGGGAGGGGUUCGUAAACAAUGUGCAAUCUAGAGUGUCUUCAGACAGUCGACAUUUAACUCACCCUGCGGGAAACGGAUGCAUUAGCGUCCAGCCGGCAGGGGAUCAGAGACAGAGGACAGGGGUAAAUUCUUUACCUGGCGUUCCGCAUCAUGCUGGUAUGGAGCCUUCAAACUCUGUGCGUCGUUCCGCUGCCACAAGGACAGUUUCACCUGAAAUACAAGCUGCUGCAUCUCAGUUAGCUAGGCUGGAUGGAGGCUCUGGUAAUCGGCCAAUAGCAUCGUGUGAUACGGACAGCCAACCUCUUGUGCUAACCACUCCCAUGAAACCAUUACCUCCAUUGGUUAAUGCCACGGAAGGCUCUUUCAAUCAGCCAAUAGCAUUCAGCGAUACAGACAGCAAACCCCUUGUGCUAACCACAGGAAUGAAACAAACAACCUCAUUGGUUGGUGCCGUUGAAGGAUCUUCCAUUCAGCCAACAAUAUUGCCUGAAACAUUACAUUCAAACUGUGACUUAGGAUCAAGUAGUAUAGCGCCCUCUGUGUCACCUGGUGAUUCAAGAAACUCCAUACAAUCCCAAACACGAUUGUGUGAUAAAUUUGUAGACGUUCCAAGUGACGUUCCCCUCGUUUCGUCAGCCAACGGCCAUGAAGACCAAACAGUAACAAAAGAUACCCUAAAUCAGUGUGCAAUUGUGUUACAUAAGCCGCAGGGACAUCCUUUAGAAUGGGACGAUACUGUUCUUUCAAAAUCCUCCUCCGAGGAUUGGACCACGCCCACUUUUGAUGCAUUCCAAUCCGUUUCCAUGGAUACACCGACAAACGAAAGUGCCGACAAGGACAUGGGUAUUGUCAAAGUUGAACUCCGAAGCCAAACUCCUCCGUUCUUAUCUCAAUGAGGUUCAAUGCAUCCGGGAGCCGUGAGCCUAGUCAGUAUGUGUUUCGAGGAGAUCAAGAAAAUCACAAUCGGACAUGAUUUUUUCUGUUGGAAUAUAAUUAGUUUGUAUCACUAUGGGAACAAAAUAUUUUUGUUAAUUUCUUCUGCUAAAAUAUAAAUGCCCUGUUACAUAAAGUGAUGCGAUCAAUCAUAGAAAAGAUAUCAAUUAUAGGUCUGUGACACAAUAUAUUAAAAAGAAUAGAAAAGAGAUUUCCUCAUAACUUAAUCAAUUUUACUGCAUUUACCUGUUGUGAGGCUCGUGCUUGCAUAGUUUCUGUAAGCUUUCGUAACUCUUGUGCUCAAACCUUAACUCAGUUGAAACAAUGGAAGUUGUAUGAAGAGGCGUCCAGUAAUCAGGUACAUUCCAUGGGUUCGAAUUCAAGCCAUGGAGUAUUUCCUUCACAAGAAAUUGAUCCACAAUGUGCUGCUCUCCACCCAGGUGAGGGAAAUGGAUACCUGGCACUACGUAUUUCAUUCCUUGAAACGCAAUGCACAUACAGGUAAAAAGCUGCUCUGCUAAAGCCAGGGUAAUUGCUGCAUUACUGUACAUGUAUGUAUAUUUAACUGCUUAGAGACUUCUAAUAAAGUAGGUGUUAAGCGCUAUAUAUGCAUGUAUAAAUAUUACUGUUAGGAGAAUAUCUCACAAUAGGUAUAAGCAUUGAUAUGAAGAAACCUAGUCCCGGUCAUCUUCCCCACUUGAAAAAUACAAAAAUGUGUCAAAGACUUAUAAUUGAUUGUAUUUAGAUUGUUUUACACAUGUAUCUCUACAUAUUACAGUGCAGAGACGUGUUGGAUAUCUAAAUAUCCAUAAAUUUUUCAUCGCAUCACCAGGGUCCCAGUAACGCAAAGGUUAGCUAGUCAUUGAUUGUACAUUGUAGUCAAUGGAAUCAAUCGUAAAAAAAGGUUGUACAAUGAUUGAUGAGCUUUGUGUUACAGGCCCCUGGUAUGGAUUGUGGGUAUUACGGGUAUUAGUUGGUUAUAAGAGGGGGGCAAGGAAGUAUGCCCUUCUUUUUGAUGGUCUUCUUUUGCAGGGGGCUUCAUUGAUAUUUGUUGUGACCUUGUCCCUUUUUUGUCAAAUUGUUGCAUUGUCAGCCGGAAAUUCUCUUGCCUUAUCGUUGAUCAGUAGGUUAAAAUGCGUUUUAGAUUUAAAUUAUUGCAAUGAUUUCAGCAUUUUUUUAUCAUGGACAGAUGUGAAGUGUUUUUUUUUUCAAAUCAUUGUUGCUUCUUGUGUUUGUAUCUAUGAGGAUGAUUUCAUAGAGCGAUGUUACUUUGCUUUGGCAUUCGGAAUAGAGAGAAAAAAAUGAAACCUGAACUUUGCCAAAAUCAUUACAUUUUUUUUUUAAUAAGAAAGAGCUUCCAACCCCCUGAGCUCUUUCCAGAAUAUUAUCUUUAUUUGGUGCCUAAUUUUGUCAUAUAGGAUCAGAUCAUUGUUCUAUACAUAUAAGUGUGUACUUUUAUUUCCUAUUGUGGUAGCAUUGGUAUAAGGUCUGCUGCUGUAGUACUUAAAUCCUUUUCCUCUGCAAUUUAAUGCAAAGACAUUUUUUUUAGGUGUACAGGUUUUUAGGGAUUGCUCAUGAAUUUUGUAAUUUUGGGGUUGUCAUUUUAAAAUCACAGUGGAAGUAAUUUGUGAACAAUUUAUUUUUGAUUAAAGCAGUGUGUAAUUGAAUGUCAUCAGGGGGGCGUUUCAUGAAAGGACUUUUCGGACAUUUUAUCCGACAAGUACCAUUUUAUCCAACAGUUACCAUAGGAACAGUUCCUCUCAGCCAAUCAGAAUCAAGGAAAGAUGUCAGAUCUGACAACUUGUCAGAUGAAAAUAUUGAUGAAACGCUCCCCUGGUUCUUAAAGAAAUAAUCUGUCAGGAUUAUUAGGUGCAAGGCAGGGUUUCAAUAUUGUAGAGUUGCUUGCAGUACCAUGUGUAGAAGCAUACCGGUAGGGCAUUUGAAGUUUGCAAUCUUGCUCAACGUAUGGUUCAGGACAAAACAACGAAAGUGAGAGCAUAUAGUGUGAAAAAAAAAAUCAUGAUGAAAUAAUUUCCAUCUUUGACCUUGGCUUGGCUAAAAUAAGUUGUUUUCUUUCUAUUCAAUUAUAGAAACUUGCCACAAUAAACUCCCCCACCCCUCCUCUGUACCAUCAUCUAUUAUCAUGUUUUCCUCUUCCUCCUCCACUUCAAUUCCUCCUCAAAUUAAUUUCUUCUUUUUCUUUCUUCUCUUUCUUUUUCCAUUUUCUUUUUAUUCUUCAUUUUACUUCUUCCCUUUCUGCUCCUUUUGCUUCUCCUAAUUCUCACUAUCUCUUCUCUUCUUUUCCAUUUCUUCCUUUUCUCCUCUCCCAUUUCCUUCUUUUAUUCUCCUCUUAAUUCUGCUUCUCCUUUUCUCUUUUACCACUAUUUCCCUUUCUCCUCUCCCAUCUCCUCAUCUAUAUUCUCCUUUUUCUGCUCCUCUCUCUCAUCCUGUUCUUUCUACUCUUCAUUUGCCCAAAAUCAUGAAAAUAUACUAUCAACAGUAAUAAAUCACAAAUGCAUGUAAUCUUGCCAUUGCUUCCUAUUGUUAAUAAUGCUCAUAUCAUUUUAUACUCGACGGUAAAUUCAUUUAUUUGCCUCCCUUUGUAAUUUGAAAUAUGUCAUGAAGUCAUCCGAACUGAUUUUUAUAUCUCUUGUAAGAUACUAAAUGAUAUUUUUCAUUUUUGUUAAUCAUUUUUAUCCAGCUGCAGUGAACGUAAUGUUUAAUGAUAUACACGAUUUUGAAUAUUAGAAAUAAUGUGAGUUUGACAAUGCUAUGAAUUGCUAAAGUAUUAUGUGGUAAUGAUUUCAAUUACUCGAAUUAUAAUCAUUACAAACACUCAGUAUUAUGUUAUAACUGCUUAAUAUGCAUAUUUAGAUAAGAAGUAAAUUGGAAGUGUUUUAGAAUAUGGCUCUCAGUUAAGUGUUUGAUUUGUGAACAUCACAUAAAGCCAUGUUUUUUUUGUGGAAUUAACUAUUGAAAGAUGACUAGAUAUUGUAAAAUAGAUAUAUUUUGGGAUCCCAACCUUUCUAUCAUGCGUAAAGUAUAGCA